GCUCAAAGAGAAGUGGGAACCCAUCAUUCAUUCACACCUGGUGGUGGUAAGCUACAUCUGUAGCCACAGCUGCCCUGGGGUAGACUGACGGAAGAGUGGCUGCCAAUUUGCGCCUACGGCCCCUCCGACCAUCAUUCAUCAUUCAUUCACCAGUGUGAGCGGCACCGGGGGCAAAGGUGAAGUGUCCUGCCCAAGGACACAACGGCAGCGAUUUGAAUGUCAUUAGGAUGAAGUGAAACCCCAGCCUGGGGACAUGAUAGAGAUCUCCAGGUCGGGCUACCAGCACUGGGCUUUGUACGAGGGCAACGGCAUGGUGGUCCACAUAACUAUCCCCUCGGAGUCCGAAGGUGCGGGCCUCAGCGGUGUGAUGUACCUCAUUAAUAAGGACACGGCCCUGGUGAAGCGGGAGAAGCUGAGCACGGUGGUGGGGAGCGAUCGCUACCGAGUCAACAACAGCCUGGAUGACAAAUACCAACCCUGCCCAGUUUCUGUCAUCUUGACAGAAGCCAAAAAUAUGGUAGGCCAGGUGAUGCCCUACUCCGUCUUCAGUGAGAACUGUGAGCACUUUGUCACCAACCUGCGCUACGGAAUACCAGAGUCCCGCCAGGUGAGCCAGGUGAGAGAUGCGUUGAAAGAUGUGGCCAAAGGUUCCGCAGCCAUCGCAGCUACAGCUCUGUUUGGACUGACUGGCAACAACAAGGACAAGCGAAACCAGUAACACACUAAUGUAACAUUCACCAGCAGAGCCUAAGACACUUCAACAAACACAGGUCAUUAACACACUACAUUUGUACACCUUUUAUAUGCUGUCAAUGUUAUGUUGUUAUCAAAUAAAGGGAAGCUUUUUAUUUAUCUACAGAAAUUUGCACUAUAUUAAUAACGCCAAUAAAUCCGCCAAUUUCCUCUGCUGUGACAUGUCAAUGUGAAUAAAAAUAUUUGAAGGCAUCUUA